AUGCCACAACGAACAUCAAAUAAAGUUAAAGUUUAUGUUCGAACUCGUCCAACAAAUAAUUUUGCUUCUGAAAUGAUUGGAAUUGGACGAGAUAAUCGCACAAUAAGUAUUCAUCGUACACCAUCAGCAAGCGUUGUUGAUAAUAAUAUCAAUGAUUGGACAUUUCAUUUUGAUGGUGUAUGCCAUAAUGAUAAUCAAGAAGUUAUUUUUGAUUCUAUUGCAAAAGAUGUUGUCGAUCGUUCAUUAGAUGGUUACAAUGGAACAAUAAUGUGUUAUGGUCAGACGGGCGCUGGAAAAACUCAUACAAUGACUGGCUUCGCUGAAAGUUAUCAGAAUCGUGGCAUUAUACCUCGUACAUUGCAACAUCUUUAUCAAGAAAUAAAUGCUCGACAAGAUGUUUCUUAUUCUGUUCGCAUUGCUUAUCUUGAAAUUUAUAAUGAUCAAAUGUGUGAUUUACUUCGUACAUUAAAUACUGAAUCAGAUUAUCAACUACAACAAUUAUCAAUUGGUGAAAGUUCAGGAUUAAUUUAUGUUAAAGGAUUAUCAUAUCGUAUUGCAAAUAGUGAAGAAGAAGCAUUAAAUUUAUUAUUUGAAGGUGAAACCAAUCGUGCUAUUGGUCAACAUAUACUUAAUAAACAAUCAUCUCGUUCACAUUGUAUAUUUACAAUUCUUAUUGAAUGUCGAUCAAUGUUAUCAUCUGAAGACAAAUAUACAAUAUCAAAAUUAAAUCUUGUUGAUUUAGCUGGUAGUGAACGAUUAGCUAAAACAAAUUCGGAAGGUGUAACGAAACGAGAAGCAACAUUUAUUAAUAAAUCAUUAUCAUUUCUUGAACAAGCUGUACUUAAUUUAUCGGAUAAGAAAGCAAAUUCUCAUAAUUUUCGUAGUUCAAAAUUAACACACGCAUUAAAAGAUAGUAUUGGUGGACGAUGUAAUACAGUGAUGGUUGCAAAUAUUUGGCCAGAAAUGCAACAUCUUGAAGAAACAGUUUCAACACUUCGUUUUGCAAGUCGAAUGAUGUGUGUUCCAGCUGAACCAAUUAUAAAUGAAGUUAUUGAUCCAUUAAAAGCUCUUGAAAAUUAUAAACGUGAAAAUAAACAUUUACGAGAAGAAUUAGCAUUACAUGAUGCAUUAAUUCAUCGAACCGGUAUAUCUUAUGAGCCAAUAUCUGAACAACAAUUAUAUGAAAUUGAAAAUCAAUGUCGUCGAUUUGUUGAUGGAACAUUAGAUGAAAUUGAAGUAAAAAGUCUUCGUCAAGUACAAGCUGUUUUUAAUGCAUUCAGAAAUAUUUGUCGAGCAACAGAAAGAGAUAUUGAGAAAAAACAUCACGAUCGUCAUGUUCAUGCCAAUAAAUAUGAAUAUGAACAACAAGAUAAUCAAAAGAUGUUUGCUAUUAAUCAAAAUGCGAACAGUAUGGGAGGUACUGCUGGAGAUCUUGAUGGUCAAAAUUUUGGUUUGGGUGCAGCUUCAAAAGAUCAACGAGCUAAUAAAGAAGCAUUACUUAAAAUGACACGAAAUAAACGACAAACAGGUGCUGGUGCUACAACAACUAAAACACCAGGCAUACAACAAACAAAUGUUAAAGACAAAUCUUCACCUCCUGGAUUGAAACCAACUGGUACUGGUCUUCAACGAGUUAGUACUGAUGAUGAACAAUUUUCACGUGUUAAAGAACCAAGUGACAUGCUUGAUACAAAAGAUCAACGACCACAUACUCCACCCGGUCGUGCAGCUGCAUUUGAAGAAUUUAAACAAACACGAGGUGCAAAUUUAAAUAAAAUUUAUUUAGAAAAUAAAGAAAUAAUGACAACAAAAAAGAAACAAUUUGGUGAAUUAGCACGACGUAUUAAUCAAACUAAAGCCGAAAUUGAUAAAACACGUGUUGAUGCUGAACGUAAAAAGAAUGAACGAUUAACAAUGGGUGAAUUUUUAAAUGAAAAUGGUGAAACAAUAAUUGAUGAAGAAGAAUAUGAAUUUAUUGCAAAAUUACAAGAGCUUAAAAGUACUUAUCGUGUUGAUUAUGAUCAAUGGAAAAAUCUUAAAUCGGAAAUAACUUAUUGUCAAAAUUUGGUUAAUCAAUGUCAAAAUCGACUUCUGCAAGAAUUUGAUAUAUGGUAUAAUGAAUGUUAUUUAAAUAAAAAUAAUUCCGGUGCUAUGGAUAAUCUAUUAACAUCAAAUAAAAAUACUAAUGAUUAUCAUCUUUAUGAUGAUGCAGCUGAAAGAUUUGAACGUAUGCAAAAAGAAUUAUUACUUUCAGAUCUUGAUAGUAUGCCAUUUCGGCAAGCUCAAAUGCGAACAAAUCGACGUCAUAUUUUUGAUGCAGCAGCAACGCAAGGACCAUGGAAACAAGCUCCAACAACAACAGUUAUAAACAAUAGUGGUUCUUUUCAUGGACGAACAUAUGAUCAAGAACAACAAUCUGCUCCAUCAAUAUCUACAAGUGGUAAUCGACAAAAACCAAUGGUCCGAUAA